AUGGUAGCUAAACCCUCCAAUAACCUCAGAAGAGAACACAAAUGGUUACAAGAUACCAGAAGUUACCAGGAGGAUCAGGAGUUAUUGUUAAAAACAAUUAACUCGCAGGUUAUUAACAAGCGUGUACGAGCGUGUACGAGUCCAGCCGUCGUGAUAGGAGCAUCUUUAGUUGGCAGCGACAUUAAAAUUACGAAAAAUCUCUCCAAAAGUUCUACUGGCCACAGUGACGAGCGUGUUGUGAGCGACCAGGCUCUGAGACCGAGCGGAUGUGCUGAAGUUAAACUGAGUGUACCAAUCCCCACUGUUAAGCCGCAACCGAUCCCUAAUGACAUUCGUCCUUUAAACGAUGCCGCUGAGGACAAACCAUCACAAGUUUCUAAAGUAUCUUCUAGGGCAUCACCAUCAAGCUCACUUAUAUCCUCAAAGCCUCAUUUUAAACUGAUAGAGCUACAAAAUGCAUUUAUAGAAGCUUUAGAACAAAAGUGUGCGCUUCUCACACAGAAAUGUCAAAUUAUCGACUCAACCUCACUUUCUGAAGAUGCAAAAAGAGUAAAGUUAGCAAAUGAGAUACAUCCACAACUUUCUCAGAUACAGUCUGCGCUAGCUACCCUGUCUAAUGACCGCAAAGCUGCCUCAGCUAAAAUUAUCAAUGUGAGUUCUACUCAUGAUGAAGUUGCCACUUCCGAGAAAAAUACAAGUACCUAUAAUACAAUAGCCAGUAGUUCAAGCAUCCUUCCGAGUCCAUCUGAAAUCGACAUAACAAUACCAAAUGGCGAACGAUUGGAUGUUGAUGCAGGCCAUCACCACGAUUUACUUCAAGUCCUGGACGAGGAAGACCACGAUACAGCAUACGAUGCACCCGUCAUAAUAUCCCAAAGAACUCUGCGUGCCACACAAACGAUGACUCCACUGAGCCAAAAGGAAGAUCUUUCGGAUAAUCAAGAAAAAGAGGAGAAUAAUGGUUCCAGGAAUUUAAGAAACAGAAGGCCAAUAAAUUAUCGUAUUCCAGAGAGAGGUGAUCCUUUUGACUAUGUAAUGGGUACCAAUGAAGUCAAAGGUACAGCAAGCGAAAGUGAUGUUACCAUGGAGGCGGAAGAGGAUAAUAUGUCAGACUAUAUGUCCACAAGAGAAGAGAUUACAGAUGAGGCAACACAUCAAAGUGAUUAUGACUUCAUUGUUCAGGAUAGAAUAGAAAAUACUUCAGACCAUGAUUACACACAGAGUGAAGAGGAUGCUUCAAGAGAUCAUACGGCGGCUAUUGGCCGAGACCAAAAUUUUACGAGAAAAGAUUCAAUCGAAAUCAUACUGUCAUCUCCGAUAAAUUCAGCUCGUCAUGAAGUCCCUAAUGUCGAACAUAUUGACCUUCUUGAAGAAGACACAAAAGAAGAGAACCUUAACUCUCCAUCCGGUGAUGGUACACCGUUUGUAAAAAAAUUUUGUAUGUCCCACUCAGAUGUAGAGAUGAUAGCUACUGAUCAGGAAAAUGACAGUAGUCUUUCAUUUUCAGACAUCGAUUUAGAAUUGUUUGAUGAGGAGAGAGAAAACGGGCCAGAGAUUGCUAAUAUCAAGGAGCUUGACGACGAUUUGAAAAUAAUCAAUGAAAGGAAACUAGAAGAAGAUUCGGCCAGAUUCCGACCUUUGAUUAAAAAGGAGCAUUCAUCGUUGGCAAAACAUACGGAUGUUGAAGAUGAUCUAGACGACGACUUUUCCUUGGCAGACUUAUUAAACAAGCGUGAUCAACCGACAGCCAAAAGUGAGAGGUAUCCUUGGUCUGCGGAGGUAGAAUAUAGACUAAAAGAGAUAUUUAAGUUACCGGGAUUUAGGCCCAAUCAAGUGGAAGCCAUAAACGCGACCUUAUCCGGAAAAGACGUAUUCGUUCUCAUGCCCACAGGUGGUGGUAAAUCCUUAUGCUAUCAAUUGCCGGCAAUUGUGAAAUCAGGAAAGACGCACGGGACAACCAUUGUUAUAUCGCCACUAAUUUCGCUGAUGCAAGACCAAGUUGAACACUUACUAAAUAAUAACAUCAAGGCAAGUAUGUUCAGCUCUAGAGGAACAGGAGAGCAAAGGCGGCAAACUUUCAAUUUAUUUCUUCAUGGAUUUCUAGAUUUGAUUUACAUAUCUCCAGAAAUGAUCAGUGCUUCAGAGCAGUGUAAGCGGGGGAUAAGUAAACUAUACAACGAUGGCAAACUUGCCCGUAUUGUAGUCGAUGAGGCACAUUGUGUUUCUAAUUGGGGUCAUGAUUUUAGGCCAGAUUACAAAGAACUUAAGUACUUCAAAAGAGAAUACCCUGACGUACCGAUGAUCGCUCUGACUGCAACUGCCAGCGAACAAGUUAGGAUGGAUAUCGUUCAUAACCUAGAACUUAAAGAACCUGUGUUUCUGAAACAAAGUUUCAAUAGAACGAAUUUAUUUUAUGAGGUCCUAAAAAAGAAUAAAAACUCGGUAUUUGAAAUCUGUAAUGACAUAAAAACUCGAUUCAAGAAUCAGACCGGCAUUAUCUAUUGUCAUUCGAAGAGAUCCUGUGAACAGACCGCGGCGCAGAUGCAACGAAGUGGCAUUAAAUGCGAUUUUUACCAUGCAGGCAUGGAGCCCGAAGAUAGGCUUAGGGUUCAAAAGGCGUGGCAGUCAGAUAUGCUACAAGUUAUCUGCGCUACCGUUGCAUUUGGUAUGGGUAUCGACAAACCUGAUGUUAGAUUUGUUUAUCAUUUCACGGUACCACGCACGCUCGAAGGCUAUUAUCAAGAAACAGGAAGAGCCGGAAGAGAUGGAAAAUACUCGUACUGUAUUGCAUAUUUUUCAUUCAAAGAUAUUCGAUCUAUGCAAACAAUGAUUCAGAAGGACAAGAAUCUGGAUAGAGAAAACAAAGAGAAGCAUCUCAACAAACUGCAGCAAGUCAUGGCAUAUUGCGAUAAUGAGACGGACUGCAGAAGAAAAUUAGUUUUAUCAUAUUUUAAUGAAGAUUUUGAUGCCAAACUAUGCAAUAAGCACUGCGAUAACUGUCGCAAUAGCUCUCACAUUGUAACAGAAGAAAGAGAUGUUACAGAUGAGGCCAAAAAGAUCGUUCACCUUGUCCAAACUCUACAAGAUACACGAGUAACAUUAAUAUAUUGCCAGGAUAUUUUCAAAGGUUCAAGAAGCUCGAAAAUUGUUCAGGCAGGUCAUGAUGAACUAAAAUUCCAUGGUGCUGGUAAAGGGAUGAUCAAGUCAGAAAUUGAACGGAUUUUUUUUCACUUGGUAACUAUUCGAAUCCUACAGGAAUACUCCAUAAUGAACAAUAGUGGAUUCGCAGUCAAUUAUGUUAAAGCGGGUCCGAAUGCGAAAAGGCUACUUGCCGGAAAGGAAGCUAUUAAAAUGCAAUUCAGCGCAGCUGCGAAUAGAUCUAAAUCAGCUUCUUCAAGUUCAACACGUCCCAGUACAGCUGUUUAUUCGUCAGAUAAUUUGAAGGCCGCCACUAUUGCUGAAAGGCCUUCAGUGAUUGCGAGAGAAAACUUACAGACAUACGUUUAUCAAAAUAAGAACUUUGAAAAUCCCGAUAGGCAUAUUACUCUAGGUCAUGACAUCCACUACCAUUCAACACAGGAGCUGAGCGAGUUGGCAUAUGCUUACGAAAUACUGAGAGAUGUAUCACUGAAUGCUGGCACCCAAAUGAACCCCCCAGCCGCCAACUUUCUUCCAGAUUUACUGCUGAAAAAGGUGGCCAAGAAUCUGCCGGUGACCGAAGCGGAAUUUGCUGCCUUAGUUGGUCCAACAGAUAUUCAUCGUCACAAGUUUAAAUAUUUUAGGAGUGCCAUCAUAGACCUAAAGAGGCGUAGAAUUAAAUCAUCUGCCAAUACGACUAAUGAAAGCUGUAGCAUUGUUUUGAGUGAAGAAAGCGGUACCGUGUGCGAUAGUGCCAAUCUCAUUAAAUCGAGGUUUUUUGAUAUGGAUGGUACAGAGGGAGAAAACAAUGCUGCAAUAAUCAGUCAAAUACGGGCAAGUCAAUCUUUAGGAGAGUCAUCAUCUUCGAGUUUAUCAAGCUCCCGCAAAAGGAAGACUUAUCAAAAGCGCGGUUUUAAAAACUAUCGCAGAAACUCAUCGAAGAGAAGUUGA